AUGUCAAGCACCAGCAGCACCUGCACAGAUGUAGCAGCGGCGGCAGCAGUUUCUGAGCAGCUUUGUUACAUCCAUUGCAACUUCUGCAAUAUUGUUCUUGCUGUGAGUGUUCCAUGCAGCAGCUUGUAUGAUACAGUGACAGUGAGAUGUGGAAACUGCACAAAUAUGUGGCCAGUGAAUGUGGGCAUGGCUGCUGCUUUUCAUCAAUCUCUCUCAGCUGGUUCAACUUCCAGUUUCCAAGAUUCAUCUUCUUCUCAUCAUCAGCAAGAACUCAACCAUAUUGGUCCAAAUUAUCGGGUAGAUUUGGGAAUUUUAUCUGACUAUAACAAAAACUUGCCGAUGACUAUAAGGUCAUGCCCCACUCAAGCUAUCGGUACCCAAGAGAUCAAUAAUCGUUCUCAGGAGAAGAAGCAACGUGUUCCUUCUUUGUAUAAUCGCUUCAUAAAAGAAGAAAUUCAAAGGAUAAAAGCCAAUAAUCCAGAUAUCAGCCAUAAAGAAGCUUUUAGUACUGCUGCUAAGAAUUGGGCACAUUUCCCUCAUAUUCAUUUUGGGUUGAUGUUGGAGAACAACCACCAAGCUAACCUUGAUGAGAAUCGUGGGUUUCAACAUCCAACAAAUGAUAAAUCUUAAUUUGGAAGAUUAUCAAUAUGCAGC